UUUGCAAAAUAUCGCUGACUACGAAUGCUCUCGCGCAUCCUACAAUUAGACUCCGACGUGCAGUACGUGACGGCAGUCGUUGUCAUGCAAAUAACUGCACCAAGUACCAUUUAUACUCGUGUUAGCCACCCCUAAGAGUGAAGACACGACUACCACCCAGGGUUCGAAGAAGCCAAGCCAGCACAUCGUCGGCGGACAACUCACGAACAUGAACAAAGUUCCCUACCUAGUCCAGAUCGAGGUGUGGUAUAGGAAGACCGUCUGUGGUGGUAGCAUCAUCUCCGAAAGAUGGGUCUUGUGUGCAGCCCACUGCGUGUUCCGCUCGAUCGAUAAGUACACAAUCCGGGCCGGUAGCAGCGACAAGAACUCGGGCGGUUCAGAGCAUCGCGUGAAAAACAUCGUCAAGCAUUAUAAUUAUUACCGAGACAAGCAGCUCGACAUCCUCGUGAACGAUAUAUCCCUGUUUCUUCUGGAAACGCCAAUAAAAAUGGAUUCAAGCAGGCAGCCAAUCAAACUAUUCAACUACAAGGAAGAGAGCCCUGAUGGGGCCGAAUGCCUCGUGAGCGGAUGGGGUGCUCACAGGGAGGGUGGGCAUGGCUAUGCCCUCCACAGUGUCACCGUGCCAAUCGUUCCGAAGCAUAAGUGCGCCCUCUUCUUCCCAGAAAAGGGUCACCAACUGCCCCCUGGUCAAAUCUGCGCUGGCUAUCCCGAGGGUGGCAAAGACUCUUGCCAGGGUGACUCAGGUGGGCCGCUUGUUAUCGGUGGGCGACUUGCUGGUGUUGUCUCAUGGGGAGUCGGCUGCGCACGCCCUAAUAAGCCCGGCGUAUAUACUGAAGUUGCUCAUUUUCGACAAUGGAUCUACUAUAUAACUGGUAUCUAUUCCUUGAGCAGCGAGAGGGAAAUCUCGACAUUGUCAAAGAGCUGCACGAGUGCGGUACUGAGAAAAGGUAGAAGUUCUGAUAAUGGUUACAUCUGCAUCAGUAAUGCAGAGGGUGGUUUACGAUCUUGUCCAGAAGACCUCGGUGCUCCAUUUGUUAUCUCCAGCCGUCUGGCUGACAUUGGAUUUUGGAGUAAAACAAGUACAUCCGUCAAGAUCCCCACGAACGACAUAUGCCUGUUUUUUCUGUUUACGCCAAUAAAAAUGGAUUCGAGCAGGCAGCCAAUCAAACUAUUCAACCACCAGGAAGAAAUCGCUGAGGGGACCGAAGGCCUCGUGAGCGGAUGGGGUGCUCACGAGGAGGAUGGUCAUGUUAGUGCCCUCCACAGUGUCAGCGUGCCAGUCAUUUCCAAGGAAAAGUGUGCCCUCUUCUUCCCAGGCGCGGGCAAGCUACUGCCCCCUGGUCAAAUCUGCGCUGGCAAUCCCGACGGUGGUAAAGACUCUUGCCAGGGUGACUCAGGUGGGCCGCUUGUUAUCGGUGGGCGACUUGCUGGUGUUGUCUCAUGGGGUGUCGGCUGCGCACGCCCUAAUAAGCCCGGCGUAUAUACUGAAGUUGCUCAUUUUCGACACUGGAUCUACUAUAUAACUGGUAUCUAAGAGUUAAUUUUCUUUUUGCACAGUUAUAUCACUUGUUAAUUUUAAGCUCCAUGAUGAUUCUAGCGAUGUGCUCAGCGAAGCAUCCUGGCACAUUGAUGAAUUUACAAUAAAAUUGUAUCAUUGAUUUAAAA